AUGACUAUGCUUCUUGAUAGCGGUCCGCAGUUUGCAUCGUUAGGAGUGGGGGGUUUCGGGACACCACGGCACCACGAAAUCGGGAACAGAGACCCGAGUCUGGGACUGAAUCCCUUCAGUGAUUCCCCCCACUCCGCAGCUUUCAAAAUCAGCCCCGUGGCUCACGAUAUCGCCUCCAGCCAAACAUCAGCGUUCACCCCGCAAGCCACUGGAUAUGCAGCUGCCCUGGGACACUCUCACAGCGGGCAGGUGGGUUCGUACGGUGGGGGAGCGUUCAAUUCAACACGGGACUUUCUCUUCCGGAACCGGAGUGUUGGAGAGACCACAGCGCCGAGCGCCCAGCAUGGGAUCUUUGCAGCUUCGGCGGGGAGCCUCCACGGGCCGCCCGGGAUCACCGAUAACCCCGGACAUCUGUUGUUUCCAGGACUUCACGACCAGGGGGUGAGCCACACUUCACCGAGUGGACAUGUAGUUAACAGCCAAAUGCAUCUUGGCUUACGCGGGGACAUUUUCGGAAGACCUGAUCCUUAUCGUCCGGUCGCAAGCCCUCGGACGGACCCCUACGCGGCUCAGCUCCACAACUACAACCAUCCUAUCAAUAUGAACAUGGGGAUGAAUGUGCCGACACACCACGGUCCAGGAGCCUUCUUUAGAUACAUGAGGCAGCCGAUUAAACAAGAAUUAUCCUGCAAAUGGAUAGACGAGAACCAGAUGAACAGACCCAAAAAGACUUGCGACAGGACUUUCAGCACCAUGCACGAGAUGGUUACUCAUGUGUCCAUGGAGCAUGUCGGCGGCCCCGAGCAGAGCAACCACGUCUGUUUCUGGGAGGACUGCCCGAGAGAAGGGAAAUCUUUUAAGGCCAAGUACAAACUCGUCAACCACAUCCGUGUGCACACGGGCGAGAAACCGUUCCCAUGCCCGUUCCCCGGAUGUGGGAAAAUAUUCGCCAGAUCGGAAAAUUUGAAAAUCCACAAAAGAACGCAUACAGGUGAGAAGCCGUUUAAGUGUGAAUUUGAUGGCUGUGACAGACGCUUCGCCAACAGCAGCGACAGGAAAAAGCACAUGCAUGUGCACACAUCAGACAAGCCAUACAUCUGCAAAGUGUGCGACAAGUCAUACACACACCCCAGCUCUCUCAGGAAACACAUGAAGGUAAUUAACGUACAUGAGUCUCAAGGAUCCGAAUCGUCUCCAGCAGCAAGCUCUGGAUACGAAUCGUCCACACCGCCAGUGCUGGUCUCAGCCAGUACUGAAGACCCGACAAAAACACCGCCGUCAGCCGUGCAAAACACGUCUGGUCACAGCGAAGGACUGGCACCCAACUUUAAUGAAUGGUACGUUUGA